AUGGACUCCAAAGCCAGCAGGACGUGGAGGUGGCGGCGCUCGGCCGGCCUUUUGGUCUCGGGAUGUUGUACGACUGCCGCGAAGACUCACUCGUCCCCGGAAUGACACUGUGGGACCGUGAUGACCUAAUGAGUCAUAUUGGAGAAAGACCACAAAACUACAAUGAUGUUGAGAUAGUGGCCUCUGAAUCAAUUGCAGGUAAAUCUUCAGCACUAAAUGUAGAAGCAUCGCUGAAGGCAAGUUUUUUAGGUGGACUGGUAGAGGUUGGGGGAUCGGCCAAGUACCUGAAUGACAGUAAGACCUCCAAAAAUCAGGCCAGAGUUACUCUGAACUAUAAAGCUACCACAAAGGUCAAGGAACUGUCGAUGGAUCAACUUGGAAGAGACAAAGUGAAGCAUGCGUAUGUCUUUGAUCAAGGGUUAGCAACACAUGUAGUCACAGCUAUUCUUUAUGGGGCACAAGCCUUCUUUGUCUUUGACCGGGAGGUGUCUGAGAAGGAAGAUCAUCAAGACAUUCAGGGCAACUUGAAGGUGAUGAUAAAGAAGAUUCCCAGCUUUGCGAUUGAGGGUGAAGGUUCGCUGAAAAUGGAAGACAAGGACAAAGAACACGUUGACAAAUUCUCCUGCAGAUUCAUUGGAGACUUUUCCCUUCAGAAACCUCCUACAUCCUUUCAGGAUGCAGUAGAAGUCUACCAAAGCCUCCCAAAAUUGUUGGGAGCCAACGGAGAAAACGCCGUACCAAUGAAGGUCUGGCUGUUGCCCCUGACAAGUUUAGAUUCUAAUGCUGCCAAACUUGUCCGUCAGAUAAGUAUAAGAUUAGUUCAAGAGUCACAGAGUGUCCUGGAGGACUUCAGUGAGCUGGAAAUGAGGUGCAAUGAUGCACUGAGGACCACCACUGCACAGCAGUUCCCACAGAUUGGCGACAAGAUUAAAACAUUUAGAGAAAUGUCCUGUGAGUUCAAGCUGGAAUUCCAACGAACCUUGGCAAAGAAACUACCAUCAAUCCGAGGAGGAGGAGAGGAGGAGGCUGGGCUCGCAGAGAUCCUGAAGAAGAGACAUUCUUCUCCUUUCAACAGGAGAAAUCUGAACGUGUGGAUGGAUUGUAAAAAGAGAGAAAUCUGCAUGUUAAAGUCUUUCACCAACAUGAUGAAAAACACCAAGAUCGUCUCAUCUGAAACAGACAUCUACGAAGAAAGUCUCAGUGCUAAACAUGCUGUGUGCUUUGUCUUCACCUCACUAGGAAGUGAUGAACCGUACCUCUCAGCUUUAUCAAACUACUUAAAACAAACACCAGACAAACCUCAGCAUGCUCAUACUUAUGAUGUAGAGAAGGAACUAUGGUACGCCUCAAAAGAAGUAGCAAAGGAAAUGAGGCAUAAAGCAAAGCUCUUCAGUGACUUUGCAGAGGCCAACAAGGAGAACAAGACCAUUAAGUUCCUGACAGUAGGUUCAACAAAUGAGACACACAAAGGUUCAAGCAUCUUCCUUUAUGAAGAUGGCUUUUCUGUCAGUGAGGACUUUGAGCCGCCAUCAAAGCCUGAAACAGUGGCAGUAAGUGCUAUAAACCACAACAGUGUGACGCUGAAGGUCUCUCCACCCAGAUUUGGAGCAGAGGACAUCACCUCCUACUCUGUGGAGUACUGUGUCAGUGGAGAGGAUGGAUGGAAACAGAAGACAGCAUCAAAAGCUGAAGAAGUCACAGUGAACGAUCUAAGUCCUAACAGAGUAUAUGUUCAGAUGUAG